GAAAGCUACGGUGGGAAGGGGACAGAGGAGGUGCUCCCGAAUCCCCGCUAGAGACUCACCUGGCUACUCCAUCCCGGAGACCCCGGUUCCUGGGCCCCCACCUCCGGAGCCCCCUCCCUGCCAGCCCCCUGUCGGCCCCCGGGGCCUGCCUGGGUGCGGGCACUGGCAUGAUCAGCUGAAGUGGGCGGGAGCAGCGCUUCUUCGGGGAUUCCCCUCCUGGGCGCCCAGGCUCGGGGGACGCAGAGCCGACCCCUGGGGCCCACAGGCCAGCACACUCACCGCCACGCCCAGGCCCAGGCUUGCCCGCACCCCCGGCCCGGCCGCCUGCCUCGGGGACCAUGUCCAAACCUUCUGACCACAUCAAGCGGCCCAUGAACGCCUUCAUGGUGUGGUCCCGAGGCCAGCGGCGCAAGAUGGCCCAGGAGAACCCCAAGAUGCACAACUCGGAGAUCAGCAAGCGCCUGGGUGCCGAGUGGAAGCUGCUCUCCGAGGCGGAGAAACGGCCCUACAUCGACGAAGCCAAGCGCCUGCGGGCCCAACACAUGAAGGAGCACCCAGACUACAAGUACCGGCCACGGCGCAAGCCCAAGAACCUACUCAAGAAGGACAGGUAUGUCUUCCCCCUGCCCUACCUGGGCGACACGGACCCGCUCAAGGCGGCCGGCCUGCCAGUGGGGGCCUCCGACGGCCUCCUGGGCUCGCCCGAGAAAGCCCGGGGCUUCUUGCCGCCUGCCUCGGCGCCCUACUCCCUGCUGGACCCCGCACAGUUCAGCUCCAGCGCCAUCCAGAAGAUGGGCGAAGUGCCCCACACCUUGGCCACCGGCGCGCUGCCCUACGCGUCCACCCUGGGCUACCAAAACGGCGCCUUCGGCAGCCUCAGCUGCCCCAGCCAGCACACGCACACCCACCCGUCCCCUACCAACCCCGGGUACGUGGUGCCUUGUAACUGUACCGCCUGGUCCGCCUCCACCCUGCAGCCCCCUGUCGCCUACAUCCUCUUCCCGGGCAUGACCAAGACUGGCAUAGACCCUUAUUCGUCAGCCCACGCCACGGCCAUGUAACCCUCCCCCUGCCACAGCCCGCCUGCCACACCUGGAGG